UACAUCUCCCAGGCCGCCACGCUUUCCAGCUGGAGUCUAGGGCGCUGACUGCUCCCCAGUUUCCGUAGGGAAGUGUCGGGCUACUGCAGCUAUUGUGCGUCGCGCUGUUGCCCUCCUCUUCCCGCUUGGGCGUCUUUGGAGGAAGGCUACGUUUCAUUGCCGUCCCGGCUUAACCCUUCCGGAGCUUAACAGGACAGCAGGCCGGCUCCCUUGGACCAGGAAGAAUUUUGGGAGACGGAGGACUCUGGUAACGAGACCCUAGGGUGCAAGUAAGAUACAGAACCAUGGGGCACCCCCCGCUGGAGUUCAGCGACUGCUACCUGGACAGCCCUGAUUUCCGCGAGAGGCUCAAGUGUUAUGAGCAGGAACUGGAGAGGACCAAUAAAUUCAUCAAAGACGUGAUCAAAGACGGCAACGCGCUUAUCAGCGCAAUGAGAAAUUACUCCUCUGCUGUUCAGAAAUUUUCCCAAACGUUGCAGUCCUUUCAGUUUGAUUUCAUUGGAGACACUCUGACUGAUGACGAGAUUAACAUUGCCGAAUCCUUCAAGGAAUUUGCCGAAUUGCUCAACGAAGUAGAAAACGAGAGGAUGAUGAUGGUACACAAUGCUAGUGAUUUGCUGAUCAAACCCCUGGAAAAUUUCCGGAAGGAACAAAUAGGCUUCACAAAGGAGCGGAAAAAGAAAUUUGAAAAGGAUGGAGAGAGGUUUUAUUCCUUGCUGGAUCGGCACUUACAUUUGUCUUCCAAAAAGAAAGAAUCUCAGUUACAAGAGGCAGACCUCCAGGUGGACAAGGAGAGACACAACUUCUUCGAGUCAUCCCUUGAUUAUGUUUAUCAGAUCCAGGAAGUUCAGGAGUCUAAGAAGUUCAAUAUUGUGGAGCCAGUCUUGGCCUUUCUUCAUAGCCUCUUCAUUUCCAACAGCUUGACCGUGGAGCUCACACAGGAUUUCCUCCCAUAUAAACAGCAACUCCAGCUCAGUUUACAGAAUACAAGAAAUCAUUUCUCCAGUACCCGAGAAGAGAUGGAAGAACUUAAGAAAAGGAUGAAAGAAGCUCCGCAGACAUGCAAACUUCCAGGACAGCCAACCAUCGAAGGCUAUCUCUAUACACAAGAGAAAUGGGCUUUGGGAAUAUCCUGGGUGAAAUACUACUGCCAAUAUGAGAAAGAGACCAAAACGCUCACCAUGACACCUAUGGAGCAGAAGCCAGGUGCUAAGCAGCAGGGACCCUUGGACUUAACCCUGAAGUACUGCGUGAGAAGGAAGACGGAGUCUAUCGACAAGAGAUUCUGUUUUGAUAUAGAAGCUAAUGAAAGGCCAGGAACCAUCACUCUGCAAGCCCUUUCAGAAGCUAACAGAAGACUAUGGAUGGAGGCCAUGGAUGGGAAAGAACCUAUCUAUCACAGCCCUAUAACGAAACAGGAAGAAAUGGAGCUGAACGAAGUGGGGUUCAAGUUUGUUAGGAAGUGCAUCAAUGUCAUUGAGACCAAAGGGAUCAAGACAGAGGGAUUGUACCGUACCGUGGGCAGCAAUAUUCAGGUUCAGAAGUUGCUGAAUGCCUUUUUUGAUCCUAAAUGUCCAGGAGAUGUUGAUUUUCAUAAUAGUGACUGGGACAUUAAGACAAUCACCAGCUCCUUGAAAUUCUACCUCAGGAAUCUUUCUGAACCUGUCAUGACCUAUAGACUUCACAAAGAGCUGGUCUCUGCUGCCAAGUCUGACAACCUGGAUUAUCGGCUGGGAGCUAUUCAUUCCUUGGUAUAUAAGCUACCAGAAAAGAACCGAGAGAUGCUGGAACUUCUUAUAAGACACUUGGUCAAUGUGUGUGAGCACAGCAAAGAGAAUCUUAUGACCCCCUCUAACAUGGGGGUGAUCUUUGGGCCCACUCUCAUGAGAGCUCAGGAGGACACUGUGGCUGCCAUGAUGAACAUCAAAUUCCAGAACAUUGUGGUGGAAAUCCUAAUUGAGCACUUUGUCAAGAUUUAUUCAGGUCCACCUGAGGAAAGUACUGCACCCCCAGUGCCUCCACCUCGAGUGACAGCAAGAAGGCACAAACCAAUCACAAUUUCGAAGCGCUUGCUGAGGGAAAGGACAGUUUUCUAUACUUCUUCCCUGGAUGAAAGUGAAGAUGAAAUCCAACACAGAACACCAAAUGGUACUAUCAUCAGCAGUAUAGAACCCUCCAAGAUGCCACAACACCCAAAAAUGCCUAUGCAGAGAAGUGGGGAAGCAGAUCAUGGGAGGAAAUCCCCAAGCAGGCCUGUUUCAGAUGGCAAGUUGGAGUCCUGCCUCGAGGUGGAUGUGGGGAAGUUGGUAUCUAGGCUGCAGGAUGGAGGGACCAAGGCCAUACCAAAGGCCACCAAUGGACCUGUGCCAGGCCCUGGGCCCACUAAGGCCUCCUCUUUCCAUGUAAAGAGACCAGCUCCUCGGCCCCUGGCUCACCACAAGGAGGGAGACUCUGACAGUUUCAGCAUAGUGCGGCCUCCAGGAGAAAAGCCAACCAUCAUCCGACCCCCAGUGAGGCCUCCAGAUCCUCCCUGCCGGGCAACUACUACCCAGAAACCAGAACCAAAGCCAGAUAUAGUGACUGGCAAUGCAGGGGAAAUCCCAUCGUCUGUGUUUUAAAAGCCUUGGCCUCAGGGGACCCUUUCCAGGUUCUAGAAGAGUCUUCUUCAAACCCUUGUGUGCUGAAGAGCAGAUCUUUCCUGGCCCUGCACCUUCAGGCUCUGGGAUGCUAUAAAAUAAGGGACACACGUCCUAGACACAAGUUUAUUUCUCCUUUGUAUUCUGUCUUCAUUCCCUCAGAAGGUCUAUCUUGAGCUCCUAUAAGACUGUGAAUGGCUGAACUCCCUCAAGCCAGACUGCAGAAACCAAGCUAUCCACCGACCUGAGUCGAAGAGAGGAGCUCAGUUUUCAACUCUUCUCUGAACUUCCUGCCUCCUCAAAAGGCCAUCUAGCUCUGAAAGAUUUGGGGCUAAAGAUUGAUCUCAGAAGUCUUACCCUGAACCAGAAGUUACUUGAGUUGGGUCCAUUGCUUACCUUGGAAGUAGGGGAGUAGGAAUGUUUGCUGAACUUUCGAGAAUCUUAAUAUGUCUCUUACUGAGGAUAUGGACCCUGGUGCCAGUUUGGAGCUUUGGCGCUGUAAUAUAUUGCCAAGAAUGUGUCUGCUCUUAUGGGACCAGACAGAAUGAGUGAUGCCCCCACAAUCCCUCCAAGUGGACUCAGGCCUUCCUGCUUUUGCAUACAGCCGCUUAGGACAAAUCUGCAAAGCAUGUUUUACAUGUCAAAGCCUAGGUCUGUUUGAAUUAUUCCUCCUCCUGUUUUCUCCUGACAGCUUCCUUUCCAAGCAAUCAAGAAACAAAAGCUGAAGACAGUUCUUUUAAAAAAGGCAGACUGUGUUUGUUCUGCAGGAGUUCCAUUUUUGGGUCAAAUGCUGGGGAGAAUUGUUAAGAUGGAUUGAGGCCAGGCAGUUGUCACUGUUGUUUCAUGUCUGCCUUAUGCAGAUAAGCUGUUUUAUCACCUGAAAGAAACAGUUCUUAACCCAAUAUCUGUGGAUUCAGGAACUUCGUAAAGCCUCUGAAAUGGUAUGCCUUUUCAAUGUGCCUUUUCUGAGGAGAUGGUCCAUAACAUUCUAGUGAAUUUCAAAUUGGGCCUGUGACACAAUAAAGGUUAAGAACCACAGCCUUUGAGAUAAAAGACUCUCUUUAUGACCUAUAAAAUAUUUGAUUAGAAAGGCCUUUCAGAAUUAUUUAGUCUAACUCCUUAGUUUACCGUUGGGGAAACUGAGGCAGAGCAAGUUAGCAGCCAUGUGUAAACAAGAUACCACAUCCCUGGGCACCUACACAAGGUUCUUUCCAUUACACCAUGCUUAUCUAGCAAGGGGCCUUAUGAUUGGUCGCUUUAAUGGCCAUCAUUUUGAGGAUCUGGCUUUUACCCUCUUUCUUGGGCCACACAUAUUUGCCACCAAAUGGGACUUCCAGACAUAAGCUCCUGGUCUUCCUCGUUUGCUAUUUCAAUCAUUGGAAAGGAAUUAAAACACAGUUAGUGUAGUGAGUCAGAAAUCUGACGAGUAGACAUUUCUGAUUCUUGUUUGUUGAAGAGAAGCUGCUGGAGAAAGUGUCAUCUCUUGUUUCCACACAGGUGCCUUGGCUUUAGGGUGGGCUUUAAGAUAGCCUGUCUUUAGGGUCUGUGUAAUUAUAAUGUGGUCCAGUGUGAGAGAAAGGACUUUCCUAUUGGACUCUUAUAGUCAGGCCCCACUAGUGCACUGACUAUAGUACUGAGAAAGAAGCAUAGACAUGGGGAGAGGGGAGGCGAGAGAGAGGGUAAGGGAGAGGGAGAUGAGAAAGAGAAUGCACCCAUGCCCAAACCAACUCUGAGAUGCCUUUGGAACAGUGUUACUGAAAGGCAAUAGCUACUUUCAAGAUUGAACUCUAAAUAUGGCUUAUUGAUGAGUUAGUAACAUGUAAGCUAAACACACUGAGAGCCUUUGUGGAAGUAAUUGAGUAGCAAUUUGAUGACAUUCUUAAUGACGAUGUACCCAGGUGGCCAUAUUGAACUCUCAGCUCUACCCAGUCUCAAAGGCAAAGUUGCUAAAAAACCAGGAGAAAGUAAGCCAAGUGGGCACCAUUCUACCUGCUGCUCACCCUCAAAGGGAAUCUCUGUGAGGCCUACUGGCCUCACUCAGCAAGUACUCAUUGAGCCACAGUCUCAGAGCUGUGGCCUCUCUGCUCUGUCCCAUUAGAUGACUAGCUAAACAAAGCAGGUGUGCAGAUUUUAGCCACAGAAGCAGUGGCCAAUGGGGCCUCAGUACCUUUGAAGAUAUUAGAGACAUGAUUUCACUCUGGUUUCCUUGGGGGGAAAUUCCACAGUCACCACUACAAAUAUUGAGAGAUUAUUGAGAACCAGAGAAAGCCACUGCAAUUCCAGUAGAAUAUGUGUCCCAGAAAUGUGGCUGUGAGAUUGCUAUGUGUUUCCUGGGACACAGAUCAAGAGCCUGGCCUAAAGAGUUGGGAUCACCAGUCUGACUGGAAGCCAAGGAGCAGUGCCUGGCUGGCUCUACCCCUGCCCUGGGCUAUACCCAAAGAAUGAACCUCAGCACCUACCCUUUUGUUCUCUGAUUUAAAGAGCAACAGCUUCUGUGGAAUGAGACUGGCUUGUCCUAGGCUUGAUGGAUGGAUAGUCAUUCAGAAGAGGCUAUGGGAAGGGGGUGAUAAUUGAAGCGUGUCAAUUGUAGGAAAUUAUCUGCAUACCUUGGCCAGCAGGUAGGAGAAACUGGCAAUGGAUGAACUGUAAAUGUUGAGCUGACAGUGAUAACAUUUAUUAAGCACCUACUAAGUGCUAGAUGCUUCAUAUACAUUAUAUCAUUUAGUCCCUACAAUAAUCAUGCAAGUGGAUGCUAUCCUCCUCAUUUUACAGAUAAAUGAUUUAUGACCCAGCAGGCUAAAAUUAAAUGGCUCAAGGUCACACAGAAAGUAAAUAACAGAAUUAUUAUUCUAAUCCAGCUCUCUCUGACUCUGCACUCCAUGUUGUUUUCCCUUUGCCAUAUAAAGGCCAUAAUACUGGAGCUGACCUACUUAACAAAAUAUUAAAAGGCAAGUAUUUGAGGGGAAGGAGGGGAUGAAGGUCCAGUUUACAGGGGAAUAAAAACUGGGCUGAAAGAGAUUUCUGAGUUAUGUUUUCUCCUCACCUUCAGAAUGCCCAUUUGAUAAUGUCUUAAAACGGAUCAUUUACUUUUACCUUGUGACAUGAAGGAUUUAUAUUUUAGUUGGUAGUUGUCAAGUCCUUGGCUUAGCUGUUUUUCAAAGAGAAAAAGGUCCUUGUAUAUGUCUGUUACUUCACCAAGGUUCUAGCAUGUGCAGUUUUACCCCAAGAGACGGGCGACAUCCACACAUGGUUUGAGAAAUAGAAAUGGUCUUGGUGCUUCUGCAGGACUUGAUGCCUUGGGAUCAAAUCCCUAUUAAGGGUUUUCUGUGGUGAUGAUAGCAAAAGUUAAGAGAUGAUUUAGAAUAAUAAAUAUUAUUGAAGUUUUUGUUUAAAAAAAGAUGGAGUAUGUUGCCCAGCCACUGAGGGGCAAAACUCAGCAUCCAAAUUGAGUAAUAAAGUGGUGUCAUGUAGAGUAUUUCUAAAAUAAGUUGCAAUUGUGGGAAAGAAUCCUUCCCUUUUCAAGAAGUUCCUUAAUUCUGUAAU